AUGAACUUUCGAAAAUUUAUUAUAGACAAAUUUACCAAAGCAGCGAUGAGCACGAUGAACUCUUUAAACCUCAGCCUACCGGAUGGAAAACCGCCUGCAGCGCUAACGACGGGUCUUGUGAUCUUUAUGUCUCUGAUAUACUUGCUCAGCCUUGUCGUCGACAUCAAUGGACACAUUAGCCUGAAGCCUAACGCAUUGUUCAAGUUGGAUCUUAACCGGCUGUCGCUAUAUCCACUGGGCCACUUGUCUCUAACGCACCUUGUGCUUAACUCGCUGUCCUUGUUCGGACCCCUGACCAUGUUUGAGAGAAGCCACGGGACCGUGCACACAGGCGUGGUACUGAACCUCCUAGCCGUUUUUACAGCCAUUGUGUACUGCCUCAUGGGCUCUCUCUUUUUUUCAAAGACCGAAGUAUUGGGCAGCAGUGGGUGGUGUUUCUCACUCUUUGCGUACUUCAGCUUCAAAGAGGCAACGAUUCGCCCACAACAGCGCAUUUUUCAUAGCUUCUCAGCCCCAACAAAGUACAUGCCUGUGCUAAUCCUCGUAUUGGUGACCAUCUUUUUCCCGGGCUCAAGUUUCUGGGGGCACUUUAUUGGCAUGGGCAUGGGCUACGUUCUGGCGUGGAAGGAGAACUUCGUUGGCAAGCUCGUUCCGCCUAGUUCCCUGAUUCAGAAAAUCGAGUCAAAGCUUGACUCUGCAAUUGCGAUGAUCCCCCUCGGCGUCAAGUUUUAUAAAGAAGAAGCUGCCAACAGAGAAGAGUCUUACAAGUCCCUUUUCGGCGAUGAAAGCGUCCUGCCGCUUCACAACCAAACCUCGACGAAUUUUCAAGGCGAAGGUCGUCCUCUCGGUAACUAG